AGGGAAGGCGCCGGGCAAGAUGGCGGCGGCGGCGACAGGCGAUCCUGGGGCUCGGGAUGGCCCGUCUUAGCCUCGCCAUGAGCCUCCGGGGGAUCCUUUGGGGGCUGCUGUGGCUGUUUCGGGCCGGGGCCCAGGAUGGAGAGCAGGAUUUCCAACCUUCGUUUAUCCACAUGUCUGGGACUAUGGUGACAGCUUCUUUGACCAACAGCCAGGCUGAUACUUUCUCUCUCGCUGUGGCAGACAAUGAAACUGGAUUGUUGCCCCUUUCAGAUUGUAGUGGCAGAAACAGAACAGAUGACUGGAGCUUGCAAGUCACACAUCACGGGAACGUUUCCAGGGUGACGGUGUCCUUGACCAGGCACUUGCAACUGUGUAUUUCAAACCUCACUGAUUGCUGUGUGGAGGCCCUGUGCUUGCUUCAAAGUUUGCAGGUCUCAGCAUGUCAAGGGGCAAAGGUGAUGGCCCGGCUAUUAAUCCAAGCGGAAAUAUACCCUAAUACAACUUCAGGAAACCUAACUGGAAAAAUAGAGAAUGCAACGGUGAUCCCCAAUCAAGUCUUUCAUCCCUUGGGCUCCUGUCCAUGCAACCUCACAGCAGGAGUGUGUGAUAUUCAAUGCUGUUGUGAUCAGGAUUGUACCCCAGAGAUGAAGCAGCUUUUUGAGAGCUCGUGUUUUGAAGGGGUGUUCGGUGGGGACGUCAAUCCACCUUUCGACCAGCUCUGCUCUGUCAAAUCCAGGAAUUUGGCCCCUGACUGGUUCCCCUUCCUGUGUGUGCAGUCUUCCGUUAAUAAUUCCCCUUUCCUUGGGUACUUCUAUGAUGGCUCUACUUCUUCAUCCCAAGCGUCUUCCUUUAAGCUUCUGGUGCAAGCUAUCCCAGGAAAACUGUCCAACGGUUACAGGCAAGGGGAUCCCAUCCUGACUGUUCAUAAUGACUAUUUUACAGUUCCGCAGUUAUUCAUAGCUGGGCAGUGUGCGAGAAAUGCUCCUGUUUCCUUCCUUCGGGAUGUUGAAGCCGAAUGUGUGGCCACUUGCCAGGAAGCCGGGAGCGCCGUGUUCAGCAGCGCUGUCAACAGCGGAGUUGGAGAUAACAUCAAACCAGAGGUGAUCUACGAGGAAAGAAGUUCUGCCUUGCUCCCUUGUGCCAAUAAAGAAUGCAGAAAUGUGACUUUUGCUGAAGAUUACAUCAUCGUGUGGGAAGGCAAGAGAAUAAAAGAACUGAAGAUCAAAGUCCUUUAUGGAGGAAUGUGUCUAGAAGAGACGAUAACACAGAAGUUCACUGUCACCUUUGUGAGCGCCAACGCUACAAGCCUGGAAGAAUUCUCAGGAAACCCAGGUUAUCAGCUUGGCAAGCCGGUUAGAGCCACAAACCUGACAUCGUUGGCUCCUGUUACCACUCUAAAACUUUGGAAGCCUGUUGGCGAGAACUUGUGUUCAUCAGCAAACCUGACUCCCCUUUUGUUUGGAUUCAAUUCCAUUUCUGGAUGCCUGAUGGAGGUCAGUCUUGCAGACAACUGCACGCAGUUGAGAGAGGAUGUUGCUGCAAGGCUUAAUUCCUUGGUGCAAGCGAGCCACGUUGGAAAAAGAGGCAACGCCCAUAAAGAGAUCUCAGAUGACUGGGUGGAAGUCCUCCGUGUAAAUGCCUCUUCCAUUUCAAACGCAAGCGACGGGAGCUUAAGAGGGAUCUGUCCUGAUGUUCCUGCCCACUUGAACAUUCAGAUCAUCACCGCUGAUGUAGGCGCAAUAGAAGGAAUCCCUCAAGAAGAGAUACUUGGUGUGCAAAUCGGUUUUUCCACCAUAACUUGGCAAGUUCCCUGUGGCCUGGCUUGUCCGGAGAACGUGAGUUCCUUUCCCGUCUCUGCUGCAGUGCAGUUUAUUAAAGUACCUGCUCAGCCCCCAGUGCCAAAGACAAGAUUUCAAAUUAACUACACGGAGUACGACUGCAGGAGAAACGAUGUCUGUUGGCCUGAGCUUUUUUAUCCCAUGACACGCUACUAUACUGGAGAGCCCUAUUCCCACACCCUUGCCAAAGGCCUGGUGCUGGCUUUCUUCGUCCUCCUUGCAGUGGUGCUGAGCAGUCCUUGGAGUGGGAUCCUCCGCCUGUGGAACAAGCCCUGAAAACCUCCACUUCCCCCACAGAAUUUUGAUCGUGCUUUUCUACAUUUUUUUUUAUUAUCAUGCACAGCUUUUAUGGAAAGAGAGAAAAAAAUGGGCAUUUUCCCCAGAUAUAUUUUCCAAAAAAAUAGAGGGUGGGG